UUAAAGGGGCUUUUGAUGAGGAUGAUAAAGGCGAACGGUUAGAUCUGGAGGAUAAUGAACCAGAAUAUGAGCCGGAAGAAGACCCUGGGGUGGAAUAUGAGGAAGUUGAGCAUGAGGAUGGCCAAGAUGGGGGUGACAUUGAGGUAGAGGGUGAGGAGGGUGAUGCAGGUGAAGAAGACGAGGGCAAUAUGGCUGAAGAGGAAUUUGAAGAUGGUGGUGAGGGAGAAGAAGAUGGUGAGAAUGAUGAAGAGGAACAUGAAGAUAUUGUUGAGGAAGAGGAGCACCAUGAAAGUUGCCAAGGAGAGGCGUAAACGCAAGGAGUAUGAAGUAUUUGUUGGUGGGUUGGACAAGGAUGCAACUGAAGAAGAUUUGAAGAAAGUCUUUAGCGUUGUUGGUGAAAUUACUGAGGUUAGACUGAUGAUGAAUCCCCAGACGAAGAAAAACAAGGGCUUUGCAUUCUUGCGUUUUGCAACUGUAGAAAAAGCAAAACGAGCUGUUUCAGAGCUUAAGAGCCCAAUGGUGAAUGGGAAACAGUGUGGUGUUGCCCCAAGUCAAGAUAACGACAAACUUUUUUUGGGAAACAUAUGCAAGACGUGGACUAAGGAAGCUUUGAAAGAAAAGUUGAAACAUUAUGGAAUCGAGAAUGUUGAGGAUUUGAAUUUAGUUGAAGAUACCAUCAAUGAGGGAAUGAAUUGUGGGUUUGCCUUCUUGGAAUUUCCAUCCCGUUUAGAUGCAAUGGAUGCUUACAAACGUGAAGGAGAAGAUGACGCCAUUCUAGGGAUUGGGCCACAAAAAGGGGCGGUGUGA